UUUACCAGCCAAACUGAUCAAUGGAGGGAUUGCGGGGCUCAUCGGGGUCACCUGCGUGUUCCCCAUCGACCUGGCCAAGACGAGGCUGCAGAACCAGCAGAAUGGGCAGCGCCUCUACACCAGCAUGUCCGACUGUCUCGUCAAGACCAUCCGCUCCGAGGGCUACUUUGGCAUGUACAGAGGGGCCGCAGUGAACCUGACCCUGGUCACCCCAGAGAAGGCCAUCAAGCUGGCGGCCAACGACUUCUUCCGCCACCACCUCUCCAAGGACGGGCAGAAGCUGACGCUGCUGAGGGAGAUGCUGGCGGGCUGCGGGGCCGGCACGUGCCAGGUCAUCGUCACCACCCCCAUGGAGAUGCUCAAGAUCCAGCUCCAGGACGCGGGGCGCCUCGCGGCUCAGAAGAAGAUGCUCGAGACUCAGGCCAACCUCUCGGCUCCCGGGGCGGCCCAGUCCGUGGUGGGCUCGGCCGCCCCCGCCCGGCCCACGGCCACGCAGCUGACCCGAGAGCUGUGGAGAAGCAAGGGCGUCGCGGGGCUCUACAAGGGGCUGGGCGCCACGCUGCUCAGGGACGUCCCCUUCUCCAUCGUCUACUUCCCCCUCUUCGCCAACCUGGACGCGCUGGGCCGCCCGGAGCCGGGGGAGAAGGCCCCGUUCUACGUGUCCUUCCUGGCGGGCUGCGUGGCGGGGAGCACGGCCGCCGUGGCCGUCAACCCCUGUGACGUGGUCAAGACCCGCCUCCAGUCCCUCCAGCGGGGCGUCAAUGAGGACACGUACUCGGGAUUCCUGGACUGUGCCAGGAAGAUUCUGAAGAACGAAGGCCCCUCGGCCUUCCUCAAGGGCGCCUACUGCCGGGCCCUGGUCAUCGCCCCCCUUUUCGGCAUCGCCCAAGUGGUCUACUUCGUGGGCAUAGGCGAGGCCCUGCUGGGGCUGCUCCCGGGCCACCAACGCCACGACUGAGCCCGACCGGCUCCCAGCCCGGCCCCACCCCCACCCCCCACCCUCUGGGAGACCCCACCUUAGAGCAGCAGGAGGAAGCCUUGGCCGGAGAGACCCGAGUGCGAGGGGCGAC